AUGUCGUCAAUCCGUGUCGGAGACACCGUCAUGGUGCCUGGCGACAUGCACGGCACUGUGAAAUUCAUCGGCCCGGUGGCGGGAAAAAGGGGGACAUUUGCAGGUGUACAACUUGCAACAGAAUAUGCACCACGAGGAAAGAACUCUGGCGAUGUUGAUGGAAAAUACUACUUCAAGACCACAAUCCCCGGUGCUGGCAUAUUCCUGCCCUUGGAAAAGGCUAUCAAGAAACCUGGCAGUUCUGGAUCUGGCCUGGGACUUAGAGCCAGUCCUGGACCUGGCACUCCUACCCGAUUGAGUAGUUUCAAUCAGGGAGGGAGAACACCAGGCCUUGCCAAACCCAAUUUCAGUCAGUCCGUUGGCCCCGGAAUGAGAGCAGGUGCAGCUAGUCCUGCGCUCAAGCCUCCCGCCCGACGGGAGUCCUUACCUCGACCGGCAAGUCCUUUACGCAAAGUCAACACUCCCACCCCGAAAACAUUAGCCACCCCCAAGACACGGCCUAGUGGCAUCGGCCUAGGAAAAAGCACAAACGGUGCAGUAGGUCAGUUCAGCCGUCCCGGCCCACGAACAACAAACAAUUUCAGCCAGAGUCUAAGGCAAAGCACAUCCACCCCCAAUUACCCCGGCACCAGCCCGUCGUUAGGUCCCGAGUCGAGCUUCGAUGAAAUCCCAGAACAAGAUGCUGAUUCCACGCCUACGCCUACACCCUUCGCAUCCAGGGUCGGAGACGCCGAUGCUGCCCAAUAUGAAGGCAAGAUCCGAAAUCUGACCGACGAGCUCAACGAGGCCAAGCGCCAAUUGAGAGAUCAGCAUGCAAACUUUACAGAAAUGGAGCACAACUUCAACGAAUUACAGAAGUUGAUCGCAGGUUUGGAAGAGGGCGCCAGUAGAAGAGGCAGCUCGGUGGACGAUAUAGACCUACCUCGAGAUGUAGCCUCUCUCCGGGACGUCCUUCGGGAAAAGAAUGACCGGAUCAAGCUCCUCACCGCCGAAUUUGACGCCAACCGAGCUGACUUUAGAUCUACGAUUGAUACGCUCGAGAUGGCAAGCACCGAAACGGAACGAGUCUACGAGAAACGGGUGGAUGAGUUACUUGAAGAAGUUAGAAAUCUACAGGAUCGGAGUGAAGACGUCGAGACCGUCGCCCAGCAGCUUAAGCAGCUGGAAGAACUGGUGCAAGAACUAGAGGAGGGUCUGGAAGACGCAAGAAGGGGCGAGGCUGAAGCCAGAGGCGAAGUCGAGUUUCUUCGCGGUGAAGUCGAACGAUCGCGCUCGGAGCUUCGAAGAGAACGAGAACGCAUCAAGACAGAAGAACAAUUGAAUGGAUAUCCAUCAAGUGGGUUCGGGAACCCGGAAAGGGAGUCCCAGCUGAGUGCCAAAGAUGAUGAAAUCCGAGGCCUCAAAGCCAUCAUACAAUCCCUCAAUGAGACGCAUAACACGUCACCCAAGAUGAACGGAAACUCCUUCAAGAAUAACGACAGCUCCACAACCGCAUCAAACACGAAUAGCACCGAUGGAAAUCGAUUCAGCAUGCAAGAGCAGAUCCGUGAUCUGGAAGCACUCCUCCAACAGAAAUCUCUGCAUGAGGAAGAACUUGCCAAUGAGGUGAAACAGCUUCGCAAUAGUGUGGCCAUGUCUCGCUUCCCACUCCCCGGUGCAGCCUUUGGGAUCCGAACCGCCAUGUCUCCUGGUGGUCACUCAAGGGAGAGUAGCGAAGAUCUGGCACGGAAGCAUCUCAGCGCUGGAAGCCAAAGAACGGUUGUCCUUGGUUCUCCCAAGGCCAAGGGUCAAAGGUCAAGUCAUCAGGAUACCUGGCACGAUGCUCAGUCGCGUGGUGCCAGUCCUGUCAAACCACUCACAGCACACCACGAAUACUCCCUGGACAGCAACCUCGAACGGGCUCGAUCUGAGGACGGUGUGACGGACAUAUCAGCAUCCAGCGCUGCACUGUGGUGCGAGAUUUGUGAGGAAGGUGGGCAUGACAUCCUCACUUGCUCGAACAUGUUCGGGCCUGGCAAGCCGAAAUCCAAGACAAGUAGUCUGGGACGCAAUGCUGGCAAGGACGUGUUGAAGGGUAUCCAAAGGCAUUCAGCUGACAGCGCACCUGCUGAUACGGAUCGACCAGCGCCGUUGAUGAGCCGGAAAAGCAACAACUCCGUCCCCACGACGAGCUCACUUUCACCGAGCUCAGCACCCAGCACGUCGCUUCCCCCACCACCUGUAUCGAGUACAAGUGCUGCUAGUUCCUCGACGGCCAAAGACGUCGAAUCACCGGCUCCACCUCCACCGCCGAAGUCAGACCCCAGUCCACCGCUGAUGGAUAACGCCUCGCUCAGGGGGCCGGCAGCUCCACCAGCGGUAAAUGCAGGACCGAUAGAAGGUAUUGGUGACCAGGCUGGUAUGAUGGCAGGCAAGACCUCGGGUGUGAUCGAUCCAGAGAAGUGGUGUGCUCUUUGCGAGAGAGAUGGGCACGACAGUGUCGACUGCCCUGUUGAGGAUUCUUUCUAA